AUGGACUCACUGGUGGAGGAUGUGCUCAUUGCUCAGUCAGUGGUGGAGGCUGUGUGGAGCUGUGGAUUAAGCUUAGAUUUGACAAGGCUCCGAUGGUCUUCCUCGUCGGAGACAAAUGCUGUUCAAUGGUUGGAGCUCGUAAGAGACUUCGGCUGGCUGAGAGUGGUUGAGGUUUAUGGUUGGGGAAUUGUUAUUGGGCCACCUUAUGAAACAAAAAGAUCUUCCCUCAGAGGUCUUUUAUGGACUCAUUCGCGACAGUUUUCGAGCAUGGUUGACAAAAAUGUGGAGCCAGUGGAGCUGGCUGGAAGCAAUGCCGUUUCUGAUGGUAAAAAGAAGAGGAAAAAACUGAAAGGAAAACGAGCAGUUGUGAGGUGGUUAAAAUUCUUCAGGUGGAAGAAGAAGAAAGAGUUUGAAAGAAUGACAGCAGAAGAAAAAAUCCUAUACAAAUUGAGGAAGGCUCGAAAGAAAGAGGAAAGGUUUGUUGAAGCUCUUAAGAAAAUUGAACCCAAGGAGUCAUCGGAAACAAUCCAUGAUCCAGAGAUAUUGACUCCAGAAGAGCACUUUUACUUUUUGAAGAUGGGCCAGAAAUGCAAGAAUUACGUGCCAGUGGGAAGACGGGGAAUAUACCAGGGGGUUAUACUUAACAUGCACUUGCAUUGGAAGAAGCACCAAACUCUGAAAUUGUUGGUGAAGACAUUCUCACUGGAGGAGGUCAAGGAGAUUGCUACAGAGCUGGCAAGAUUGAGUGGUGGGAUUGUGCUUGACAUUCAGGAAGACAACACAAUUAUUAUGUACAGAGGGAAGAACUACUCACAGCCACCUACAGAGAUAAUGUCACCUAGGACUACUCUAUCUAGGAAGAAGGUUUUUAUUCCAUUUCCCUUACUUUGCGUGCGUGUGAUUGCAUUACAUGUGUACAUAAUGAAUAUCAGAAACAUGUCAAAAAAUUUCAAGCCUAGUGAAUGCUUGAAAAAAUUUGUGAAUCACUGUAUCCAUAUUAGUUUUCUACUUUCUGGUACACUGUAUCUUUGUUUUGUAGCAUGUAAGCUCAAGAUAAACUCAUAA